CGGCUGAGUGGGCGCGAUGGCACGAAGAAGUCGAUCCGCGGAAGGAGGGGAACGAAGCAAAACGACUUACUAUACUAACGCGCUUAUGCGAGAGUAUCUGCCGCAGAUGGUUGAAGAGCGGAGACUUCGGAUUGAACGGGAGGUGGAGGAAGAACGUCGACGAAAAGAAGAAGAGACGAGGCGAGCAAGAGAGGACAAACGGUUACUACGACAGGAGGAGAGACAAAAACUCGAAGAAGAACGGGACGCAAGGCUGUUGCGGAUCGUGCACAGUGAGAUGCGCAAGGAGCGGGACAAGGAGCGGGAAAAGUAUGAGAAAAAAGUGAAAUCAAGAAAAGCACCGAAGAAAUCUAAGCAUAGGCUAGGACGGAUGGAAAGGAAAAGAUGGAGGGGAGACGCACCUGACAGGAGGAAUGUGUACCAGAAGGACACCGGGAAGAUCAUCGAGAUUCGCCUAGAAGACAAGACAGAAGCGACCGUUAAAAUUGUCGAAACAUUACGUAGUCUCACCAUACACAAGGGAGAUGUGACCAUAUACUGUAGCGGUGGAAAAACAUGGGUUGAUAGUUGGAGAGUGGUGAGGAGACUGUUCGGAGAGACUUGGGUGAAGUACGGGAAGGGAACGAGACCAUUGCGGCGUUGCAAGAUGAAGUUCGAAAGUACUGGUACCAUUAUCCUUCGACGUGUUACCGAGGCAUCGCCAUCAGCUUUAGCACUGAAGGACACCAUGGUCAAGAUGUUCAAGAAUCCUCAGCUGCAGAAAAAGCUUCGGGGAAGAAGCCUGGUGGAGUUGGUGAGAUUUUACAAUGCGGUAAAGACGUUUGCUACCAAGCGUAGUAGAACGAGGGCGAGAUUGAUGAUCUCCAGGGCGGUCCGUGAGAGUUUUGAAGUGAAUGUGAGAUCUAGAAUUAUAGUGAAGGUCCAGUAUGACGAGAGAAUCAGGAAAAGGGAAAUUAUGAGAGUUGUUAGGAGGAGGAUCGGCGGUAUGCAGAUCGAUAGUACUCUGAAGGAAAUGGUAAAGCGAAGAUCACGGGUUGUAUGAAAGAAGUGCCCAAAUGUGGGUGACAUACUCCACAACCACCGACGUUCAGCGUCGGUACGUGUGUCUAGUUGUUCGUGCGCUGGUAUGCCCUACCCCAAGAGGAAUGGGCACGCGCAUUUCCGGAUCGGGGAACUCGAAGGAGUACCUCGCAUCUAAUGGAAGGCCAAAAAUUCGCACAAGUUGUUAAUGCAAGGCAAAAAAUUCAGGGUUUUUCGCCGCAUCGCUACAAACAAUGUUGUCGAAAUGUUUGCUAACAAACUGUGCAGGGUCAU